UCAAACACGCAUCGAAACAAAUUCAGGGUCCCGGAACGGUCACAUUCAGUUUGUUGAGUGACAGGCAGAGUGAGUCAAUCGAAAAGAAUCAGGAGCUACAGAAGAAGAUGGCUGGCGAUGCACCCAAUUCGAAGCGAGAUGGAGCCAGGUCCUUCCAGCUCGUCGUAGUGGAGAUUGGAAACGAUCAGGAUAUCGAGGUGGGUGUGGAUGCCGCAUUGGUGGACAACAAUGCAACAUCCGCCGGAGGCGUCGGCGGUGGCAGCAGCAGUGAGCCGAGCACUUCCAGUGACACGGAUAGCGAUUGCAACGAAGUUGAAAGCAACUCCGACACUGAUGCUAAUGCUAAUGCCAUGGUGAAUUCUGGCGACGAGAACUGCUGCGAGUUCGGGCCGCAUAGCCUUAAGUACAGUCUCCUGGACGGAGACUCCGACAUCGAGCUGGACGACGUGGAGCUGUUCUGCGAGGAAACCAUUGCCCUACUGGCCCACGAAAUCCUCUGCUGCGAAGGGGAAAGCGAUUCGGAAUCGGAGUCGGAAUCGGGGUCAGAGAGCAACUACUUGGACCUGGGGUCGAUGCAGGGGGAGCAGGUCCUCCAGAAUCAGGGAAUGCUCGAUGGUAACCUGGAGUAUGGACUGCAGAAUCCGUACCAGCUGAUGCUUAGCGAGGAGGACGAGGAUGACGACGCUAAGGACAACGAAAACGAGGGCCAGAGCUCCCUUGACAAUUCCAUGACUAGCCAGACUAGCCAGACUCUUUCCGGAUCAGAAUCCGAAUAGCGAAGAAAAGUCAAAGGCCAAUAAGGAAAACAAUUUCGAUUAAGAAAGCCCUAUAAAAUGAAAAUGUAAACAUGUUUUAAUAAUUCCAUGGCUAUGGAAUAGUAAAUGCAAUUAUCUAAAGGUGCUUGUUCUUAUUCUAUAGUCAAGAAGUCUACUUAUAGGUUUUCAAUUAAUUAAACUCGAACUUGUAGUUUCCAAUUUA